AUGGAGCUGGCCACUGCCUUUGAAUUCGCGUGCCACAGGGUGGGGCCAGGCCUGGCCUGGUGGGUACCCUCGUCACAUCUGUCACUGGCCACUGGACAGCAUUCCGGUCCGAGUCACGCCCUGACCUUCUUUGCAAUCAUUGUCCAUCGCAGGGCCGCUGUGACUGGGAACAAGGGCCUGAAUGGGGCAGAGGAUUUGGCCAAGGAGGCCAAGCAGGUCCAGGAGAACGAGGUCUCAGAUGUUGUGGAGGUGAAGAUCGACAACCACUCCGAGCCGUUUGCCACUCUCGUGACCAUCAACUACGGAAACAAGCUGGGAGAGCUCCUGGACACGGUUGCCGCCCUGAAAAGCUUGGGCUUGAACAUCACACGUGCAAAGCUGAGGUCCACUGGGACCCACAAAUUCUACAUCACGGAUGCGGAGACGAGUGAGAAGGUAGUGAGGUCAUCCAGGCUUGAGGAGAUCCGAUUGACCAUCCUGAACAACAUGCUGAGGUACCACCCGGAGACCAGCCAGCAGCUGGCAUGGGGCUCCCCAUCUGCUUACAGUGGCAUGAACGCCGCCGACGACUCCUCCCCCCUGGGCGUGAGGAACUACGGCAUCAAGACCCAGGUGGAGGUCAGGGAGGACAAGAACGGGCUGACCAGCAAGCUCCUGGUCAACACCCUGGACCGACCGGGCCUGCUCACCGACAUCGUCCACAUCCUGAAGGACAUCAACCUGAACGUCAUCUCAGCUGAGGUGGACACCAUUGGUCGCAACGCGUUCGAUAUCUUCCAGAUCACCUACCACGGCGAGCCUCUGCCCCCGCCCAUGUGCCAGCUCGUGGUCAACUCCCUCCAGUACUACCUGUCGGCCAAUGAGGUCGAGAAGUCCUGGGCCGAGUCCUACUGA